GCUGAUGCCCAAGGGAAGCAGGAGAUGCGAGUGACCAUCAGUGAAGCUUUGGGGGAAGAUGUGAAGAGAGCCUGGACUGUGAAGAUUUUGUGCAAGGAGUACAUCGCGGGCAAGCUGGAGAAAGGAGGGAGAGGAGACAAAGAGCUGCGUUGGUUGUGGCAGGAGAUGUUUCCAGAAUCUUGGUUGAAUCUUCACAGUGCCCGCUGGGCAGCAUACAAUUUGGCGCUGGGAGCAGCAGAAGUGGACUUCAUCGUCAAGUUUCCUGAACAACCCGAACUGUCAGACAGUCAAGGAAACAUGGACUCAGGCUUUUCUAUCGUGGAAAAAAGAGUGGAUUCUUACGAGGCCUCCCACACCACAGUCAAAGAGUUUUUACAAAAAUUGAAAGGCGCAGCCUUUUUGGUCGAAGUAACAACAGCAGACGGGGGAGGCGUGGUCAACAAGUCUGACCAGAUGCAGAGGUUGCUUGACCUUGCCCGCAAACGCGGGCAAGAUGAAGGCACCAUGUUAAUGUUCAAUGGACAGGAGGCAAGUAAGCCUCCCAUCAAUGCUGACAAGCCAACUCCUGCACAACUGUUCCACUUCAACCAGAAACUCAUCAUGGAACUUCCCGUUGGACUGGAAAGGAAGAAACGCGAAGAGGCCGAACAGCGUGCCGAAGCUGAGACACGUCGUGCCGAAGCUGAGACACGUCGUGCCGAAGCUGAGACAGGCAAACGCAAUGCGGCCGAGGAACGCGCGCAAGCAGCAGAGAGCGAGUUGAAGAAGCUUAAA